AUGCUACAGAGUGAGAGCUUUGCGACUCAGGAGGAUCGGAGUGUGUUAACAUAUUUAGAAAAGGAUGCAUCCCGGAUUUUGAUGGACACUUAUGGAAGUGUUCAGAAUGGAGGCUAUCGCUCCACUGUCUAUGGUGACGAGGAUGAUGAUGACUCGUCUAUUAAUUCCAAUAAUGGUUACAGCCCUGAUUGUAGAGGGAAUUAUUUCAAGGAUGGGAUGACAAAAGUUGAUUUUGUACUUAUCUGGGAAGUGAAAAAAACAACACCAAAGAAGCAGAAAGUGCGGUGCAAGUAUCAGGAAAUGGGAAAAGAAGAGAAGGACAUGACAAAAGUGAACCUGCUGAACAAGCACGAGAAAUGGAGGAACAAAUUCAUGAAGAACUUACAGGAUGCAGGGCUCUUGAUGGAGAAGGAUGAGACAGUCAGUGAGAGGAAGAGCAUCCAUUACAUGAAGCUGAGUGCCCCCUGGGAUGUGCUGGUGUAUUAUGCAGAAGAGCUGUGUAUGCGAGCACCUCUACAGGCACAGCCAAAUCCCUGCCUGAAUUCAUCUGAGGAAAUCCUGAGGAAGCUCAGUAUCCCAAACAUCCUGUCCGAGCACGUUGCCAACAGGCCUGUGGACUACUAUACCUGUGCCUUCCGCAAAUCUAAACUGGAUAAGUUUUUGGGAAGUGACAAUCACGAGACCUACUUUACCAACACACAGCGGCACAGGAUUGUGUAUGAAAUUCUAGCCACGACAGUGUACGGAAAGAGAAAAAGAGCAGAAAUUGGAAUUGAUCGCUUGCUAAAUGAAAGAGUCUUUGCUUCAGCCUUCCCACUCCAUGAGGGGCCAUUUGAAUUGCCAGAAUAUGAAGUGCCUCCAGAAGAUCUGAAUCCACGACAAAUUCUGUAUAAGUACUGGGCUUGCUGGUCCAAAUGGUACAAAUAUCAACCACUUGAUCACAUCAGAGAGUACUUUGGAGAAAAGAUUGCCAUUUACUUUGCUUGGCUGGGUUUUUACACUGCUUGGCUUCUCCCUGCUGCUCUGGUUGGAACGUUUGUUUUCAUCUCUGGGUUGAUGUCAAUGAACACGAACAAGUCAGCAGAGCAGAUUUGUAACGUCAGCACCCAGUACCUCAUGUGUCCUCUCUGUGAUACCUGUGACACCUGGAAUAUCUCUGAGAUCUGUUCAAUGGCUAAACUGGGCUACCUCUUUGACCAUCCGGGCACAGUCUUCUUCAGCAUCUUCAUGUCCUUCUGGGCGGUCACUUUCCUGGAGUACUGGAAGAGGAAGAAUGCCACAUUGGCACACCACUGGGACUGCAUGAACUUUGAGGAGGAUGAGGAACGUCCUCGACCUGAGUUUGCAGCAAUGGCGCCAAGAAUGGAACAGAAUCCAGUCACUGGGAUCAAAGAGCCAUAUUUCCCUGAGAAGGAUCGCAUGUCCCGUAUCAUCACAGGCUCCAUGGUUAUAAUAGUUAUGCUGUCUGUAGUGAUGAUCUUCCUGGUGACAGUCAUCAUGUACCGUGGGAUUAUCAGUGUAAUGAUGUACCACACGGGCAACGCCAUUCUAAUGACCCAGGCUGGAAACAUCGCAAACAUCAGUAGCUCCAUGGUAAACCUUGUACUCAUCCUGUUGAUGGGCCAGAUCUACACUUCACUUGCAGAAAAACUCACCAGAUGGGAGAUGCACCGCACACAGACUCAGUUCGAGGAUGCUUUCACCUUUAAAGUAUUUGUGUUCCAGUUUGUGAACUUCUACUCCUCCCCAUUCUACGUGGCAUUUGUAAAAGGACGGUUUGUGGGAUACCCAGGACAUUAUGGCAAACUGUUUGGGAUGAGGAAUGAAGAUUGCGGCCCAGGUGGGUGUCUCAUCGAACUUGCUCAGCAACUUUUCAUCAUAAUGGUGGGGAAGCAGAUAAUCAGCAACGUUCAAGAGUUUGUUAUUCCGAAGCUGAAGGCUUGGUGGCAGAAGCGGAAACUGGCUAUCAUUCGGGGUUCCCAGAUCUGUCAGGAGCCUAAACGAUGGGAGGACGACUAUGAACUCAUUGAUUCUGAGGGUCUAUUUGAGGAGUAUCUAGAAAUGGUCCUACAGUUUGGGUUCAUCACUAUCUUUGUGGCUGCCUUUCCACUGGCUCCUCUCUUUGCCAUGCUCAACAACUGGGUGGAGAUCCGGCUGGAUGCUCAGAAGUUUGUGUGCGAAUACCGGAGGCCAGUGGCUGAGCGUGCUCAGAACAUUGGAGUCUGGUUCAACAUUCUUGAAGCACUGGCUCAGCUCUCAGUAAUUAUCAAUGCUUUCCUGAUUGCAUUUACAUCCGAAUUCCUGCCCCGUCUGCUCUAUCAGUAUGAACACGAUGGUAGCCUGGAUGGUUAUGUGAACUUCACGCUGGCAUAUGCUCCCUACAGCUACGUGAGCAGCAACUACACUAUAUGUAGGUAUAAAGCAUUCCGAAAUCCAGACGGGAAUCUAAAUUUGUUCUACUGGAAGCUGCUGGCUGUUCGACUUGGAUUCAUCAUUGCCUUUGAGCAUGUAGUAUUUUUCAUUCUCCGUCUUAUUGACUGGAUGGUGCUGGACAUCCCAGAGUCUCUGGAGGUGAAAAUAAAACGGGAGCGGUAUCUAGCCAAACAGGCAUUGGCAGAUAACCAGGAUGUUUUUCUGUCGGAAAUGGUAUAUCCUGCAGUACCAUAACACGGCAAGUGGCAGCUUGGCCUUGACCCAGGAAGAAGGAGCUUACUGGCUGAAUGCCCUGUUACACAGCCAGUCAGAGUCUUUCCAUGGUGUGAGAUGUGGAGAGGAAGUUACAGGAUGAUGAUGUUGACUUGCUCGGUUGUCAGUGCUCUUGGUUUGGUGUUUCCUGCAGAUGUGGCAUGUUCUACCCCAGCCAGCUGGCUUUGCAUGGCUGUGAAGCACUUCCCUAUUCAUGACAGAAAGAAGGGUCAGCCUUGGCCACCCACUGCCCCCUGCCUUCACCCCGCCCACUUUCCCCAUUAAAGAUUGCAAGUGCUUCUCUUUCACCUGCAGCUUGUGUUUUGUGAUUUCCCUUUCGCUGACACUGUGGCUUUCUCACUUUACUGUCCUGACCUUAUGCAGGUCCUGUCUCCUCUGUGUGUCAACUGUUAGUGAGGAAUCAGAGGUAAUUCAGACUGGCCUGACUGCCUCCCAAAGGGACAAUGUUGUGCCAGAUAUUUAACCUUUUCAUCAUCCCCAGUCUUUUGAGCCCUGACUGACUUAGCACCAGAAAUGAUCCGGCCAUUGAAGUUCAGGAAUGAUGGUGAUCCUCAAAACCCUGCCUGGAAAUACACAAUCCAUUCCAGGGGAUUAACACAUCCACGCUAAACAAAGGGUGUGACAAAUAAUCUGAGAAGAAUGCUGCUGCUGUAAACAAAUAUCACAUAAAAAAUCAGUUCUCUUGGGAUGUUUAGCUAGAGUUGGGGUAGGGUUGGUUUGGUAUGGAUUGAAGUCAUUUGUCUGUUAAGUUUGAGAUCCAUGUCAACACCAGCAGUACGGUGAACAACUGGGUUAUGUCUUAGACCAAGUGAGGAACUGAGGAACACAAACAUCCAUACCAAUGACAAAAGGUCUCCAUUUCAAAACCCUUUCACUUCCACUACCAAAUUCCCUCCUCUAAGUGUCUUGCCCUUGAAUAGACUGAUGUAGUCAUUAAAGAUCCAUUAAUGUCCUCGGCUCUGCACAGAUGUGUGGGAAAGUGCUGCCAAUUUCUUGAGCUGCGUUUGGAACUUACAGCUGUAAGCUGUGAUCGCACUUGCUGGUCUGAUAUCUGUAAGUCAAAACAACAAAACAACACAACCUUGCCCCUCACAUGACAACAGGAGGAGGAUCAAACUAUUUAGACACGUUUCACUGCUACUUUGCCUAAUUAGUGAAUAUUUGAAGAGUUCAUCCACGAAGAAGGUGGACCCAGUAAUCCUGCAUGAUUUGGGUAAUCUGAUCCUACUCAUGCUGCAUAUUUUGUGGAAAUUCUUAUAGCUCGUAAUGAUGUGUAAUUUUAAACACACAUGUAAAGCUUGAUAACUGUCUCCCUCAGCUCUUCCCUUGAGCCACUGCAAUCUUUCUUCUCUCUCUCUAGUUUAUCUGAAGACAGUACUUCUCUAAACUUUCCUCUCUUUUUCUAACCCAGCUAUAAAUCUUCCCUCUGAUAUGGAUUUCUUUUUUUCUGUACAUUCACCAUGUUGAAAUCAGGCUCUAACACAAAAUUAAAGUUACUUUGACAUAAGCGCCACACAUAGCUCUGUGCCUUUGGUCUCCCUAUAGGGAUUCUUUUACAUUUAAAUCUCUGUACAAAAGUCUUCCACAUUUCUGUUCACUGAAGAGACUUGCCCCAGCAAUAACCACAACGUCACAUCUUCCUGACACCUGCUGACAUAGGAUACGCUUCUCUAACAUAUUCACGACACUGGUGUUCAGCUUGAGUUUGCUGAUAGUUCGUUCCUUUCCAAUUUUCUUUACUCUGCCAUGGUUCACCAUUCCUUCAGCUGCCUAGGCCCAAAGAUGCAGAAUUCCCUCUCAUCAGAUAGUCAAGUCAUAGAAAUUUAUAGUGCAGUAGGACAUGGUCUUGUUUUCAUACAGGCUUCAAACGGACUUUAAAUGCCCAGAUCUCGGUCUAUUGCAUUGUAGAUUAUACUCCUUAAGUAGCCAUCCAGGUAUUUUUUUAAAUGUGCUGAGGGUUUCUGUCUCCAUCACCCUCAAGCAGUGUGUUUCAGGCCCUCAACAUUCAAUCUUCCCCUCUGAUCCUUCUAACGAUUAACUUAAAUCCAUGCCCCCUCAUAUUGUCCUCUCUGUUUAAGGAAUUAGAUUAUUCCUGUCCAUCCUUUUUGAGCCUCCCUUUAUUUUAUACAUCUCCUUCCUGUCUCCCUUGCUGCAAACCAUCCUGGCCAUUCUCUUCUCCUAACUGGGACCCUCCAACCCUGACAACAUCAUCUUAACUCUCUUUGCCCUCUGAACUCCUCCUCCUCCUACCUCUCUGUCUUUCUUAAGAUACUCCUUAAAUCUUACCUGCUUAACCAAACUCUUGAUCUGACAUCACACUAGGCUCAAAUGAAAUUUAAUUUGGUAAUCACUCCUGUAAACAUUUUGGGUUCUUUUGCAACAUUAAAAGUGCUAUGUAACUGUAAAUUGUUGCUGUAGCACUAUGUUAAGAUUUUUGUGUAAUACCUCGCCUCUUCAGGAGGGUCCUAUGCACUUUACAAUCAAAUAAACUAUUGAAGUGCAAUCAUUUUCAUGUAGGCAAAUACAGUGAUUAAUUUGCAUAAGGCAGCCAACCAUAACGAGAUGAUUGCUUGUUUUGUUUUGGUGGUGUGGUUGAGUGAAACGUUUUGACCGGGGACAUAGGGAGAACAAUCUGCACCUCAAACAGUGCAGUGGGAUCGCUUACAUCCAGCUGAACUACGGAGACAUUGGUUGACGAUCAUAUCUCAAAGGUGGAACCUUUGGGGAUGUAGUGGUCCCCUGGUAUUGCAUUGAAGGGUUUGACAAGUCAAUGUACUGAGUCCUGCAGUGCAGCCUGAAUUUACAAUCUUCUAAUCCAGAGGUAGGAAUUGAUAAUUCAGCUAAACAGAGAAAUGGUUACUACAACAAAGGAGGAGGCUAUUCUCUCCAUCAGCAGAGCAAUCCCAUCAGUUCUAUUCCCCCUCUUAUUUCCCUGUAGUCCUGCAACUUAUUUUCUCGUACAUCUUUUCUCUUUAAUUAUUUUGCCACUACACUAAGAGGUAAUUCACAGUGACUAGUUCACCUACCAGCAUGUCUUUGCGAUGUGGGAAGAAACUGAAGCACCAGGGAGGACGUGCAAGCUCCACAUAGACGGCACGAGAUGCCAGAAUCAAACCUGGGUUGCUGGAGCUGUGGGGCAGCGUCACUACCUGCUGCACCACCAUGUUUUCCUCAUGAUGGCAGUUCACCGACUGGGACAAUGAAAGACUGUCGUCAGCAAAAGAGAUAAAACAGAAUCUUUGCACUUUAGGAGAUUUUACUGGAUGUGAAAACUAUAUCAAGUGCUGAGAUUCUGACAGACCUCAGUGUAAGCCAGGGAUUUACAAGCACCUCCUCCAGUUUUGUGCACAGUGGGAGGUGUGGACAGAUGGGAAUGCACAGUCUGUUCUACAUUGGAGAAACCAAAACCAGAUUGUUCUCCUCACCUUUUUGUAGUCCCAUAAUUCACAUUUCUCUCCUUCCCCUUCCCAAUCUAACUUUUAGAUCUUCAGAUGUAACAUAGAUUAUCACUCCCAAUACUAUCGUUAGGAUCAGUUUUAGACAGGCCAUUUUAACUGAUUUGUGCAUCCUUUAAUGAAAAGGCAACUACUUUCAUUUGCUGUCUCUCUUUAGAUCAUGCAGGAAUAAAAUGUCCCCUACCUGUCCUGAAAAAGAGUCGCAAAGAUCUGAUUCUUUUUCCCCUCUAACAUAACCACUAUUGCUGAUGCUUCCUGUUCUUAGACUUGCAUUCUACAAAUUACAGCUAAGCAUAAAACACUAACCGCUAAUUGUUUUGUAUCUGCUGUAUAUUUGAUUCCUAAAUGUCUGUUGCAGAUGCAGAAUGGCCUGGAUAUAUAUAUUUUGGUUGAAUAAACU